UGAUGUAAAUAUAAAUAUACCCCACCUCCCCGAAUGUUUACGCCGUAAGGCACGGUAGUGAAUGGUGUGUGGAUGAUGGCUUGAAGAGUGAUUGUGUGUAAAUGGGGUAACCGGCAGCAUGGAAAGGGCGUGGAAGUAUUUUAUUUUGUUAAUUUGGUUUUCAUAUUUACUAGUAACAGGAAUUUUGCUUUUCGGUCGCGGUUUUCUUCUUACCAGGGAAUCAUUAUUUCGGAAUGAUAGCACUAAACCUAGUACAAUUUGUGAUUUAUACGUUACGAAAGACAGAGUCGACAGUUUAAGUCACUCAAGCAAUGAGGAGACAUUCACGGACCAAUGCACUGCACAACACGAAUCUAUUUCAGCAGUAAAUAGCUUUAAAGUUAUACUGAUUGUAAUCGACGCUUUAAAAUUUGAUUUCGUUUCCUACGAUGAGAACGCCCAGGAAACACCCUUUAAAAAUAAGCUGACCGUAAUACGAGAUUUAUUGAAGGAAAAACCCGAAAGAACCAGAUUGUACAAAUUUAUUGCUGAUCCACCGACAACAACAAUGCAGCGCCUUAAAGGGAUGACAACAGGCAGUUUGCCGACUUUCAUUGACAUAGGCUCUAAUUUUGCUACUCCAGAAAUCAAUGAGGACAAUGUCAUAGACCAACUGAAAAGGCACAAUAGGAGCAUCGUUUUCAUGGGAGAUGACACAUGGUCUGGGUUGUAUCCUGGCCGCUUUUUAAGAGAAUAUGCGUAUCCGUCAUUCAAUGUAUGGGAUCUGGAUACGGUUGACAGCGGUAUUCAGACACAUCUUUUGCCAGAAAUUAGAAAACAAGAUUGGCAUUUGAUAAUAUCGCAUUUCCUGGGUGUAGAUCAUUGUGGCCACAGGUAUGGACCACACCAUCCAGAAAUGGCAAGGAAGCUCAAGGAAAUGAAUCAUGUAAUAAGUGAUGUUGUUAACACUAUGGAUAAUAAUACAAUACUGCUUGUUGUUGGAGACCAUGGAAUGACAAAUACAGGUGACCAUGGUGGAGACAGUGAUGCAGAAGUUACAGCAGCUUUAUUUGUGUACUCGUCAGUUCCGCUUGUACCUUCUAGUAUGGUGCCUUAUUCUAGUGUAGUCAGUCAAGUGGAUCUAGUACCAACAUUAUCUACAAUACUGGAUGUGGAUAUCCCAUUUCCCAACCUAGGCACUGUGAUAUUGGAUGCACUGCCUUCUCUUUCUACGAACAGCAGGAGUUUUCCUGAAUGGAAAACACUUCUGUGGUAUUUAUGGAAAAAUGUGGAACAAGCUUCACACUACAUCCAGCAGUAUUCUAAUGAAAGCAAUCAGUUGCCAAAAGAAAAACUUGAUAUAUUAGAUGAAAAGUAUAUUUACCUUGUACAGAAAGUGAAAAGUGUUGAUUGUGAAGAGAGUUUUAAAAACUUUGCCCAACUUGCAAAGGAUUAUUUAAUAUUUCUAAAAGAAAUGUGUAAAGAAGUCUGGGUUCAUUUUGAUCCCUUGUCCAUGUCUCGAGGCCUAAUUGUUACUUUUUUAACACUGUUCUUUUCGUACCUGCUUGUUGAUGGUUUACCUGGUAAUUUGUUAAUAGAUGUAAUUAGUGAUGCAUUUCUUAUUGUAAUGUGUUUUGCUUUAGGUUUGGCCACUGUUGGAGUUUUAUUUUCGGAAUCUUUUAAUGCAAUAGAAAAUUUAGAGCAGGACAUUUACUUUUUUAUGGGAUGUAUAUCACUAUUUUUCAUGUGUGUCAUUAUAAUUCAGAAUUGGGCAUCUAUAACAAAACACUGGUAUAACCAGCAAAAGUUAAAUGAUAUUCCAAGUAUAUUUGCUAGAUUUCUUCUAAUAUGUGGUUUAUUUUCUGUGUUUUCCAACAGUUUUGUAGUGGAGGAAGCCACUGUUGUAUCAUAUUUUGUUACAAGUUUGAUUUGGAUAAUAUUGUAUGAAUUUAAAUCCCCGAGGCAAAGUCAGACUUUGACAGUGAAAUCAUCAUUUUCUAAAUUGCAUUUGUCACCAUCUAGAUUAAAAAUUCUAAGUUUGGCAGCAAUAUUGACCAUCAUGAUUCGGCUGUCCCAUUAUUAUUGGAGAUGUAGGGAAGAACAGGUUAACUGUGGGCCUUUCAUUACUCAUAAAUCUCCUGCACCUGCAACAGUGGGAAAUAAAUACAGAAAUGCUGAGUGCCUUUUCACUGUUGGUUGUCUUGCUGCAUUUGCCACAGUAGCAAGACUGUGGCUUCGAAGUUGUGGGAACUUAGCUGCGUAUUCAACAACAGUUACACUUUUUAAGUAUUGCCCUAAUUUAAUAGUAGUUUCUACUGGUGGCUUUUGGGUGCUCCAGAGCUUGCCCAGAGACACAAAAAAUAAUGUUUUUUUUCCCUGGCAUCUUCAAGUUUUGCCAUGGUUUAUCUUUACACUUAUCAUUGCAGCAGUUUUUAGUUUGUGUGUUGAACCACUGUGUGUAUAUCUUGUUCCAAAGAAGAAAGAGAAAAUUAUAUCUUUUUAUGGACAGGAGAAUGUGAUUCCUAAUUUAUUCAAACAUGUGAGAAGUAUGAUCCGUGAACAUAAAAUGAAUGGCAGUGUAAACAGUGACCAGAUAAACAGUACUGAAAACUUCCCAGUUGUUUGUGGACUAGCAACUGUAUAUAGUGCAGCAUUUGUUGUACUCACAGUAUUUGUUUCUCUUCUUGCUGCACUUUUGCAUGGGGAUGUGCUGGCACCAUCAUUAGUGUUGAUGGUGUCAACAGCAGCUGGAAUUUUGGCUAUGCUGUCGGUGGGACAGUUUGAAAAAUCUCAAACAGCUGCUCAUCUCUUCAUUGUGCCUUGGUCAUCUGUUAUAUGCUGGGGAUUUCUUUCGGUCACCUUCUUUUAUGCAACAGGGCAUCAACCAGCAUUCAGUACAAUACAGUGGAAUGCUGCAUUUGUAGGCACUACUGGCCAAUUAUCAAACCACAUCAUUCCAGGCUUAUUGAUUGUUAUCAACACAUUCACCUCACAUUUAAUAUUUGGCCUUAUGUUGCCACUACUGUUGAUAACACCUUUUACUCUUCUCGUAAUGUUGCCCAAAUUUGUUGCUGCAAAUAAUAAUUUGAAAGAAGAUACAAACCAAGGAGAACUUGUACUUCUAGAGAAGAAGAAUAUGAUGUACCAGGAGCUCUUCAGUCUGAGCGUCAGAUACAUAAUGUUCCAUGGAAUUAGGGUUUUUGCAUGUAUGCUUGCUGCUACAAUCCACUGCAGGCAUCUGAUGGUCUGGAAGAUAUUUGCCCCAAAGUUGAUUUUUGAAGCUCUAAGUUUCUUUGUGACUGUUAUUGGUGUUUGUUUUGGCUACCUCAUUACCUUAAGAAUAACAAAUAAAACAGAAGUUUUGUUUAAAAAAUUGCAAAGGUAUUUUCAAUAAAUAUAUGCAGUGAAUGUUUUUGACUGUUAUUUAACUGUUGUGGAGUAAAAUAUAGUAUUAAAUUGUUGUGAAGUCUAUUGUUGUUAUGGAAUAUUAUGUUAAUGCAGAUUUGAUUAAAAUUUGUUAAAAUAUU